AACUCUGGGGUGUGGGAUCAUUGAACAAGAGAUUCUUUCCAACACUGGUGCACAAGACAAGAUUGGCUGGGCAUUUGGUUUAGGGCUGGAACGAUGGGCCAUGAAGCUGUAUAGCAUUCCAGACAUCAGACUCUUCUGGUCCACUGACUCUGGUUUUCUCUCUCAGUUCCAGUUUGAUGAUCCAGCAACAAAUUUCAAGUACCAAGUUUAUCUGAUUGAUACUUACACUCAUCCAAAGAAGAAAUCAACCUCUUGCUGCUACCGCAUAGUUUACCGUCAUAUGGAAAAGGUAAUCACACAAGAAGAGGUCAACAUUAUCCAUAAGAGAAUAGAAGAAAAGGCAACAGCAGACUUAGGAGUCACAAUGCGAUGAAGGAUUAUUUAACCAUUAAACUGUCCAAACGUAGAUCUACGUUUUUUCAACAUUUGAAAGUAUGUAAAAAACGUAGAUCUUCUUUUGUUUUUUACUUUUGAAAAUGUGUAAGAAAAACUUUGAUCUACAUUUUUUUUUUUUUGUUAUAUUUGAAAAUAUGUAAAAAAACGUAAAUCUACUUUUGGAGCACUACGCAUGUUAAUGUAGAUCUGGUUGGACAGUUUAAGGGUUAAUGUUAAAGGACUAAUUACCUCAUCUUCCAGUAUUUGCUGUAUAUAUUUCUGUUAUGUCCAUGUAUUGUAUUGAUAAAACCAUGGGAUGGUGAAACAUCUAUAAGUAAAGAUACCCAGAUGUUGCACUUACGUCUAAUUCAUCAUUAGAUUAUUUAAUGCAUUAAAAAUUUUAUGUU